AUGAUGCGUCCCACAGCAAGAAGACUUGUUCGUGUGGUCCCCCGAAAGGCGCUCAACAUCCCCGAGCAUAAAAUUUUCAACCGACCAAGUCCUCAAUUCGAGGAUCUCCAAAAACCUACCUUCAUGGAUCUGCUCAUGCAAAGGAAGGCGGACGCAGGGGAUGCAUGGCCUGCCAAUCUUCGACUUGAACCUCAGUUAAAGAAGGUCCAAUUCAAGGAGGUCGAACCGAGAGUACGAUCCGCGUUGAAGAGAUUGACGAAGGAGAGAUAG